AUGGCGUCCUAUACCUUUGUGUUUCUACUACUCUCUGCACUUUACAUUUCUGCAGUAGUAGCAGCUCAACAAAGAUCAUCCAACAUUGGUUUAGGAUCUUCUCUCUCCCCUUCCUCAACCAAUUCAUCAUCAUCAUGGCUAUCUCCUUCUGGUACAUUUGCCUUCGGAUUUUAUCCAAAAGGAAAUGGGUUUGCCAUUGGAAUUUGGUUUGCCCAAAUAACUCAACACACAGUCGUAUGGACGUCAAACAGAGACGAUCCACCUUUGUCUAGAAAUGCCACAUUGCUCCUUACCAGUGAUGGAAGGUUGAUCCUGCAAGACACACCACAAGGCAAAGAAAAAUCUAUUGCAGAUGAUUCCCAAUCUGCCUCUUGGGCUUCCAUGCUUGACACUGGCAAUUUCGUUCUAUAUAAUUCAACUGGAAAGAUCAUUUGGCAAAGUUUUGAUUCCCCUACUGAUACCCUUCUUCCAGGUCAACGUCUAGUCUCAGGGAAGGAGUUGUUCUCUAGUGUAUCAGAAACCGAUCACUCCACUGGAAUAUUUAUGCUCAGCAUGCAAUCAGACGGCAACCUUGUUCAAUACCCAAAUGAAAAUCCACAAACAAAUUCAAAAGCAUAUUGGGCAUCAGGUACGUAUGGUCAAAGUGACAAUGUGACAUUAAAUCUUGAUGAUGAUGGUCACCUGUAUUUGCUUAAUAAUACUGGUUUCACUAUAUAUAAUCUAUUCGCCGGUAAACCUACCAACCGGACGGUUUUUUACCGCGUGGCUAUCGAUGUUGAUGGGAUCAUUAGAGUCUAUUCCAUUAUUAUGAAUCAGAAGAAUAAGCUUUGGUCGAUCAACUGGGAAUCCCCGAUCAAUAAGUGUGAACCCAAGGGAAUUUGUGGGUUUAAUGCUUAUUGUACUCUCCUGAAUCAGACAGCCAUAUGCAACUGUAUUCCUGGUUUCAGCUUCAAAGAUGAGAGUCUCCAUAGUUUGGGUUGCGAGCUAAAGAUAAACAAUGAGGGCUAUAGAAACAAUACAAUGUCUAUGUUGGAGAACACUGUAUGGGAAGAAGAUCUUUAUUAUGCAAUUUUAUCAUCCAAGACUGAAAGAGAUUGCAAAGAGGCUUGUUUGGCAGAUAAGUAUUGUGAAGCUACGUCGUUUCAAGACCAAAAGUGCAGAAAACUGUCUUUCCCAUUGAGAUAUGGAAGAAGAACACUGGACAGACCCACCACCCCAAUUUUUGUUAAAGUUAGCAUGUAG